UGUAGCUGAAAGUAGGAGUUUCGCCGCUCGAUUCACUCUAAACACACAGUGGGGGGUUUUUUGUAGUUUUUUUUUUUGUUGCUCUGCACGUGAAAUUGUUUGGCUUGUUUGUUAGAGAAAAACAACCAGCGAAAGUGUCAAAAGCAAAUAUGCAGACGGAGGAUGAGGAUGAGGCGUCCUGUGAGGAGUACGUUGCCCGGUCAGAUUUCACUGGAAGUAGCACCGAUCAGCUUAGUUUCAGCAGAGGGGACAGACUGCUCGUGCACGCCAAGCCCUCCUCAGAGUGGUGGUGGGCAGAGCUGCAGGGGGUCAUAGGUUAUGUCCCUGCCAGCUACAUGAGCCAGGAUGCUGCAGGGGAGGAGGAGGAGGACCCCUCAAUAGAAGACCCGUGGCAAGAUGAAGAAUACUUUGGCAAUUAUGGAACGCUGAGGCUUCACCUGGAGAUGCUGUCAGACAAGAGCCGCACUGAGGCAUACCGGCAGGUUAUUCUCAGCAACAGUGCUUCUCUCAGCAGCAAGAGGGUAAUGGACCUCGGCUGUGGGACUGGCAUCAUCAGUCUGUUCUGCGCUCAGUUGGCACGCCCCUCAAUGGUGUAUGCUGUGGAGGCGAGCUCAAUGGCAGAGUACACCAGGCAGCUGGUGAAGCAGAACGGCUAUGAUGAGGUGGUCACAGUGCUUCAGGGGCGGGCUGAGGAGAUCGAGCUGCCUGAGCAGGUGGACGUCCUGGUUUCUGAGUGGAUGGGUAACUGCCUUCUGUUUGAGUUCAUGGUGGAGUCAGUUCUGCUGGCCAGGGACCGCUGGCUUAGAAAUGGUGGCACAAUGUGGCCCUCCUCUGCGGCCCUCACCUUUGUGCCAUGUCAGGCCGACAGCUAUUAUGCCGAGAAAAUGGCCUUCUGGGAGCGGCCAUAUGGCCUCGACUUCACUCCUCUUCAGCCUUUGGCACAGCAGGAGUUCUUCACCAAGCCCAAGUUCAGCCACAUCAUUGAACCAUGUGACUGCCUCGCUGCUCCUUGUGAUGUCAUCUCCUUCGACAUGUACACUUUACAAGUGGGAGACCUCGAGGAAAUGAAGGGUCAGUUUCAUUUUUGUGUGGAGAAGUCUGGAGUUUUCCAUGGAUUCACCGCCUGGUUCACUGUUUGCUUCGAGAGCCUGGAGGCAGGAGGCGCAACUGUGGAGCUAAACACUGGCCCCAACUCUGGGCCAACACACUGGAAGCAGACAUUGUUCAUGCUAGACAGGCCAGUAAGUGUAUGCGCAGGAGACUCGAUCAGUGGAACCAUUGUCCUCCAGAGAAAUCCUGUCUGGAGGCGCCACAUGACCGUUACCCUGCACUGGACCAUUAAAGGGAGCACAGACAAUCCAGACAACUCCCAGGCUGGAACAAAGAGUUUCCCCAUGUGGAGGUGACACAUAUUCGCUCAUCACCGGUGGAGAUCUAAAAUAGAAAAACAGUCUAAUAAAAUUAAACUGUUCGGCUGUGAGACUGCUGCUGAAGCGGACUGGUGUGUUGCUCACAUGUUGCAAUGAAUGUGCCAGAGGAAUGCCUGCUAUCAUAGUGAUGAGCCCGAUUGCUGCAAUCACACCACCCUAAGAGCACGUUUACUGCUCAUUUUUAUUGAAGGGCAAAAGAACUUUACAUAAAGCAGCGCUGUGUCGCACAG